AAAUAGUACCAACAAUUCAAAUAAAUCUUACCAAAUUUUGAUUGUGACACUCAUGUUAUGUCACUAUACAAUAUGUCAAUAUUUUAAUUGUUAAAUGUAUCUCUUUGUUGUUUAACUGAAUGAACUGUAGUUAUUUCCUGCAAAAACAUAAUUAAACAUGGCAGGAACUAAACACAAGAAGUCCGAUGAUUCCUCAGCUCAUUCUAGUCGACAGCCAUCUUUAGAUGUCACAGCUGAUAAUUUUACAACAAUCAGAGAGGACAGUAAAAUUUUCGUAGACAAAACAAUGUUUAUCAAGCAAAUCCUGGAGGAAUCCUCUUACAAGAUCAUAUUAACAGCUCCGCCGCGUUUCGGAAAAUCCACCAACAUGAGCAUGUUGUACGCUUUCUUCUCCAGAAAACCGAACCAACCGGAUCUUCCAGACAUGAAACAAGAAACGAUAGAAGCAGUCGGGAAAUCUCUGCAAGAUAAAUACGAGCUGUUCAAACAACUGGAAAUCUACCAAUGCAAACACAAGAAAUGCCCGGCUGAUGUGUCUGGUGAUUUCAAAGAUUGCGAGGUGAAGAAAAGUUUCUAUACCCAUUGCGGACAAUAUCCAGUGGUAUAUCUGGAUUUUGAUAGCGUGAGCGGGAAAAAUUCGCAAUCGUUCCUCAACGGUAUGCAAUCAUUGCUCAAACGGGCUUUCCACGCUCAUUACUACAUGAUACAGUUCAAUCAACAGUCACAAAAAUGGACCUGGUCUGAUAAAUCAAUGUUCGAUCAAGGAAUGCAAUUGACGGAUUUUCUCAAUUACUGGGAGAACGAUGAUGUUUAUAAAAUCUGGCAUGAGGCAGAUGUAGAUGGUAAAAUUUCAUACAUUUCCAAAGGUUUCGAAAACUUGUACUGUCUUAUAACUUCCUAUUAUGGCGCGGAUAAGAAACCGAUGCUUUUGAUUGACCAAUUGGAUGCUCCUUUCAUAAAAGCUCUAUACGAACAAAGUCCGGAACUACACGAAAUUUGCAGAAGCACCAGAGAAUUCAUGCGCGUACUAUUAAAAAGUAACUCAGCUAAAACGCACUUAAGCAGAGCUAUAAUCACAUGUACAACAACAAUAGGAUGUAUAGCAUCGGUAGAACCAAUCAAUAUCGAUAUUAGAUCAUUUACCGACCAACAGUACAUCAAACACUUUGGUUUCAACAAAUUAGAAGUUCAAAAACUCGUCGAGAAGAAUUUAAAAUCAAAAGACCAACAAAGCGUUUUAAAACACAUGAAAACUUGUUACGACAAUUACUCUGCAGACUCUGCAUACGACAUUUACUGUCCAUUAUCAGUUAAACAGUAUAUUUUACACAAAACAUUAGAUAAUUACUGGUAUACACCAGCACAAGUAUUGUUAUUAUACCAACCAUUCCAACACGAACAAAUCAGAAAAAUCAUACUAGUACAUUUAGAAUCCUACCAAACAACAAGCAUCGAUAUCACCUUACAGGAAUUAACCGUUGACAACACAACAAACCUAAAAAAUCUAUUCCAUGCACAAGAAACCGAGCUGCAGCUCAACCAAAUACAUUUAUUCCUGCGAUUUCUCACCGAAUGCGGCUACUUUACCGUAACGAAGCGGCUAUUAAACAGCAAACAACGGGAAAUCGCUUGGACGAUUUGCAUCCCGAACUCCGAAACCGAGGCUCAAAUAUCCAAGCAAAUGAACUGGGCCAUACUCAACAGGGCCAAAUCGAAACUGUUGCCACAAAAAAUCGAAUCGCUUCGAUCGGCUUUGAAGAAGCUCCAAGCAAACUCGAGGGAAACUUACCUGGAAUUGGUGCACAGUUUGGAGGAUUUGUACUCCGACGGGUACCAGCCGGUGAACCAGUACAACUUCCUCAAAGACAUCAGCAUGAUGUUAUCUGAUGAGAACGAAUCGUUUCACGUGCAUUCCGAUUACCCCGAAUUGAUUGUAGUGCACAAUACCACCGGUAUAGUUUUAGAGCUGAAGAGAGGACGAAGCGAAUCCGCCGAUAGCGCUUUGAGGCAGAUACUGAGCAGGAAGUACUGGAAGACGUGGGAGCGAAUCAACCGGAAAAUCGUGGAUAAAAUAUUAAUCGGGUUGCAUCUGGAUGGUCCUGAUGUCACCAUGAGGUAUUUAGAGAAUCCCGAUUACAGGAAAAAGGACGAGCAUUUGUUUAAUAGAAGUGUACUAGUUUCAUUGUGUAGAGAUAAAACUAAAAAGGGGAAUAUAAAUUGA